UCACAGUUCACAGUGCCAGAGAAGCUUCAUUACCUCUCACCUGGACCUAGGAGAGCAGAAGACAUCUUCACCAGGGGGCGGUUGUUAGCUCUGGAGGCCAUGUUUACGCUGUGUACAUUUUUCGCGCUCUUCCUGGGCGCGGUCUACUGUCAGUACCCGAGGUUAUGUACGACAAGUGCAGCUCUUCGGUCAAAGACUUGCUGCCCACCGUGGAAGGAUCGCAGCCCCUGUGGAUCACGAUCUGGACGUGGCCAGUGCAGAGACGGUGUGGUUUUUACGCCCCUGGCCGCCAGCCGAGCUCGCCAGUUUUACGAUGACCGAUUGGACUGGCCACGUUUUUACUAUGACAGAACUUGUGAAUGCUUCGGAAACUACAGCGGCUAUAACUGCGGCCGGUGUAAAUAUGGCUACUACGGCGACAAGUGCGAUCGCAAAAAGACUGUGGUCCGGAAUGAGAUCCGCCAGCUCUCGUUUCUGGAAAGGAAGAGGUUUUUUAGUUACUUAUCGUUGGCCAAAACCACAAAAAGUGCCGAUUUUGUCAUCCUGUCCACGGGAGACAGACACCUCCGGGACACGUACCGCUUCAUGGACGCCUCCAUUUACGAUGUCUUUGCCUGGAUCCAUUAUUACUCCAUGAAGCCCAUUCUACUCAACGGCACUUUUGAUUUUAACAGAAACUACGCCCAUCAGGGUCCGGCCUUCCCCGGCUGGCAUCGUUUGGGUCUCAUGUUCUUGGAGGGGGAAAUUCAGCGCCUGACGGGUGAUGAAGAUUUCGCCAUUCCCUACUAUGACUGGAGAGGAGAAAAGAACUGCUCCAUCUGCACCAAUGAAUUUCUUGGCGCAAGCAAUGCACAAGGCUUCCUGGACGAUGACUCCCACUUCGCAGUUUGGAAAUCUAUUUGCAGCGGGUUUGAUUAUGCUGAGGCCUAUUGCCAAACUGCUGGGGACGAGUGCCAGAUGGAGAGACUUCACAGGAAGCCGGGUUCAGAUCCCCGGGUCAAAAGUUUCCCCACCUUCCAGAAUGUAGAGGACACCCUGAAAUGGAGAGACUUCGAUACAUUCCCCUACAAUACUAGUGCACAGAGGAGCUUCCGGAAUGCUUUCGAAGGUUUUCUGAGAGCAUCGGAUGGGACAACUUUUGAGCGCAAUAUGCACAACGCGGUUCACAUUUAUUUGGGGGGAACGAUGUCUCAGGUCCCCAUCUCCUCCAACGACCCCAUAUUCCUGCUGCAUCACAGCUUCAUUGACAAGAUAUAUCAAGUAUGGCUGCAGAAAUAUAACGCGACCCCAGCCGACUACCCAGAAAAUGAUGAGCCCGGACAGGGCCCCAAUGAAUGUACCACCCCUUACUUUCCAUGUUAUAGGAACAAGGAUUUUCUCAGCAGUUCUACUAAGCUGGGAUACGUGUACUCUGAGUAUCAGGGGAUGUAAGGUAUCCCCUUAAAGGGAAUGUCUUUGUAGCAAUGCUUGGUGUUGUUCUUGCCUUCUUGUAGUUACUGUAUCCUCCCCUCUGCUGCCUUAUGUCCUGCUCCUGGGAUAGAUGGGCAUUUUAAGGAUAGUAAUCGCCCAGUUUUUACCUAUUGUAAAAACUUCUUCCAUGAUGAGUCCCACUUUGCAUUUUGGAAAGUGAGUAUUAUUAAUCUUUGCUUUGCAUAUUAUGUACUCAUUUUUUAAGUCCCAUUGUGUCUUCUAUUCUAGGCCAGGGAUGCCCAACCUGCGGCCUGCCAACUGUUGCAAAACUACAACUCCCAGCAUGCCUGAACAGACUACAGCUAUCAGCCUACAGCAGGGCAUGGUGGGAGUUGUCGUUUUACAACAGCUAGUUAAGCAUUCCUGUUCUAGGCACAUCCAGAGCUGCAUUCAUAAUUCUGCUAGUUCUAGCAAUUCAGGUUCAUACCCCAAAGUAGUCCCCUUCUGGUUCAGUGUCUAUGUAUUGUACUGCAUUGCUGGAGAUAUAGGGUUCACUCCAGGUCCCAGAUAUAACAGCCUGACCUUAAAGGUAAGCUCCUGGGACCUAAUACAAAUCGGUACCAGGUUCCCCACCCCACAUGUCAUUUUUAAUACUGGUGUCUUGUAAUGUGGCAGAGAAGCCUUUGGGUCUACUCAGGCAUCAGGACUUAGGUGCUUCUCCUGCUUCUGCAUCCCCUAUAGCUAUGUCUGAUAUGAUAUACUUGUCCCAUAAUGAUCUGCUGCAGCUGUGCAUGCUAGUGAAAAGAUUCAGAAAUUUGAACGCAGCUUUGGAUAUGACUAGAGUAUGAGACAUGAAUCAAAUCAGAGGAAGGGUAUUCCGACUGCGGUCACGAAUGGCUGAGAAUGGGAAUAAUACCUAUUUAAGAAGCCAAAGAACAGAACAUUUAAGUGGAGAAGGAAAACCAAUCAUAUAAGAGGUGCAGUUAAACUUGCAGGAGGGUGCAAGAAAACAAGGCAAGUGCUUCUAAAGAACCACGAGAUGGUCCGAAGUAAUAUCACAUUAUAAUUUAUAUAAAUUAAUCAUAUAUUUGUAUGCAGUCUAUAGAUCACAUUGCACGUACAUCUACCUCUAGCUAUCAUUUUCUGAUGUCUGAUUUUGGCUUCCCACUACAGAAGUUGGCCAGAUUGCAAUACGAUUAUCCCCAGUCUGAUGGGAGUUAUAGUCUCUAUACGGAUAUUAGAAACAAUGAGAAUACUGGGAUUACACUAGGGUUAAGGAGGCUGCGCUGUCUUAUUACGGCUGCUCAUGAACGUCUGGUCACAGAUUACUUGGAUAAUGGACUUUACCUUCUCGGUUACAUUAAGUAGAUGAGGGGACAAUGGUUGCCAUUUCCCCAGAUACCAUACAGGAGUGCCCCCCCUCUCCAGAGGUCACAGGUCACUGCAAUCAUCUUAAUUCUGUUUUGUAAAUAUCGGUAGUUACAUUGUAUCUGUUCUGCCUCUUCCUUUAUGUAGUGUCCACAGCUAUGGGGCAUAUGGAGAGUGGGUGCAUUAUAUCAACUUGGUCCCUUCGUCUGACUCUGACUAAGGCCUCAUGCACACGACCGUUGUUGUGUUCCGUUCCGCAAAAUGGGGUUCCGUUGUUCCGUGAUCC